AUGACGGGCCGCAUUCUCACCUUGGGUGCGCUCGUGGCCCUUUCUCAAGCCAAGGCCAUCGUCACGAACAGCUGCCCUCACGAUGUCUACAUCUGGUCUGUACCCCAAUCCGGCUCUUCGAAGAUCGUCGGCCUUCCUGUAAAGUCUGGUGGCCACUACGAAGAAGCCUGGCGCCGUGGCACUGCAAUCACUCCUGGCAUCGCCAUCAAGAUUUCUGCCCAACCAGACGGUAUCAACAAGGGUGGCGACGAGAUCGACUUUGCGUACUCGGUCGCAGGCCCCAACAAGUCCCAGGUCUGGGUUGACCUCUCUGCUAUUCGAGGAAAGACCUUUGACAACGUCAUCUCCUUCAACACUUGUCACGGGUCGUACAACACAACGAAUAUUACCACCCGCCAGUGUAAGGUAUCGGAUGACAUUGAGCUUACUCUUUGCGGUGCUACAGUCAAACCAUCCAGUCAAGCUGCCACACCAACUAACAAAGUCUUCCCUUCUGUGUUCGUUGGACUCGUUCCUUCCGUCCCAGAGAAGGCCACUUCAUCCAUCUCUAGCGAGAGGACACAGUGCGACGUCUCUACUACGACCACUGUCAUUUCGAAGGUCAGCACGCCAAAGGAUUCUUCAUCAAGCAAGUCCUCAUACUCCACCACGUCUUCGAAGACUGAAUUCAGCCACUGGGCUCUUCCCAAGGUUACUGAAAAGCAGAAGUCGUCGCCCAAGUUAUCGACCAUGGAACCCCAUCCUACGUCUGAAUUGGUUUCUUCGAAGCCUGUCUACUCUUCCCCUGCAGCCGUCACAAGCAGCUUCAAGUAUUCAGCUCCCCCCGCCAGUGUCGUGAAGCCCAGCUAUGCACCUCCAGAGCCCGCUACCGAUAAGGCCACGUACUCUGCUCCAAGGCCCCUGCCAAGUAAGUCGAAAAUGCCAGGACCGGGACCCAGUCCCUUGAGGUCUGAAUAUGCCCCACCCGGGCCUGCUUCCAGCUCCGUGCAGUACGCUCCCCCCACUCAAUCGUCCACCAAGCCGUAUUCUCCUCCGAGGCCUGUUGAUGAGUACUCUGGACCAUCCAAGCCUACCUACGCCCUACCCUCCGAUACAUCAGAUGACUCUUACAAUCGACCAGAGAAGAGCGAGGAAUACACUAGACCAUCUAAGCCCACUGCGUAUCAUGUCCCACCUCAUUUCUCGGGAAAGCCUGAAGCACCAAUGAAGCCUAUUGAAGGUCGCCCUGAUUUUCCAGUACCCGCCUCGAAGCCUUCUCCUCCUUCUUAUACCUCGCAUGAGCUACACGGUGCUCCGAGUCAUACCCGAGGUUACUCUGGUCCUCCUAAGGCCAUUUCAGACUAUGCUCCUCCUAAAACCAUCUCACACUAUGCUUCUCCUUCCUCUGCUUCAGCCACAACAAAGAAGGGGUACGCUGCACCACCAAAGGAGACUGACAGUCACGACCCGCCUUCGCAUCACGAGCACAGCCAAGGGACACCGUCCAAGGAGUCAUCUUAUGCUCACCCUGGCCCACCUAAGCACGCUGGUGAUCAUCUCGUUCCUUCUGAAAUCACAGAUAGCAAGUCAUACUCACCGCCUAAGCAUACCGAAGGACAUCAUGGCCCUCCUCGUAAGCCAACUGGUGCGCAGUAUGCUCCGCCUACUUCGGCCUCACAGGAAGAAUACGGACCUACUAAGCCAACUUCUGCUGGCUAUCAUGACCCACCAGUCCAUGGCCCACCUACAGCAGUCUCGAAGAUAUACAACGCUCCGUCGCCACCAGAUGCGUCCAAAUCUCACCCUACGGUCAAAGGAUAUGGACAUGGUCCUCCCAGGGUCACCUCCGAUGAGCCAGUCUAUCAUUCACCUUCGCACACUAGCCAAGGCCCACCCAGGCGCCCAUCAGGCAAGCCCGAAUACUCUCCAGAAGAAGAAGAACAAGAUGAAGCGCCCCAUGCUCUGCAUGAAUCUCACAUGGAUGAGCCUGACUACUCUACACCCAAGCCUUCCAAGAGUCAGCCUCAGCAUCCUCACUCUCCACCUUCAGAGCCUUUCACUGAGGAGUCAAAUACUCCUUCAAAGUGGCCCGCUCAUCCACCUCACGCCAAGUCCACAGAGCAAUCUUACAAGACCACCAUCGGCAAACCAUAUCCGUCGCCCCCUGAGCCCACCUACGGCAACGAAGAUCGCCGCUUGAAGAGUUCGAACACGGUGCACCUGAGCGCAAUGGUGCAACGCGAAGCAGCGAAGAUCAACCCACAGGACGCUCCCAAGGCGUGUUUAUCUUGGUUCCACGAGCCUUCUCUCCCGGAAUUGAAUGUAGUUCAAGCUCGGCUCAUGCUUGAGGGCGCCCUUUAUUUCGGCUUAGGCAAGUCCAUUCACGAUGUGAUGAACGUGAAUUCCACGGAAUGCCCUGGUCGCGUCCCUCGAUUACACGAUGGCAGGUCUGCCGUCUGCGUCAAGCCGUUAUGCGCCAAGAUAGACGCUAGUUGUUCAGACCUCAAGGAUACCUUGGGGUGGGUGACAGAGAGCCUGUUCGAUGAGGAUAUCGACUACACCACUGACGAGGAAGUUUGUGUCUAG